CUCUCUAUAUAUUCCUUGUUUUACUUCCUCUUAUUACAUUAUUCAAGUACCCUCUAUUUCUUUUAAUUUAUAGCUAUCUUCUUUAAUAAGAUAAGAUCUCAUCCUUCACUACCAAAAAAGAUGACCAAGGUCACUGCCCUAUUUUUCACCUUAUUACUCUGCUCCAUGCUCGUCCAUGCCAUGUCCAUACGCCUUGAACCAGCUUUUCACCAAGAAUCCUUAGCCAAACCGCACCAACAGAGCGUUGAGGCGGUUGAUGAGAGCUGCGAAGGCGUUGGAGAGGAUGAAUGCUUGAUGAGGAGAACACUUGCCGCUCACGUUGACUAUAUUUAUACUCAAAAGCAUAAUAAUCCUUGAAAUAUAGUACUCGUAGUUAGUACUAUAGCAUCCACAAAUCCACUUAUGGAAAGAUAUAGGAGCGAGAAUCUAUGUUUGAUUGUUUUUAUAAAUUAGGAGUUGGUACGUAACUGGCUCAUUAAAUUUGUUUGGAGUUGAGAAUUAUUUGUAUUUUCCUUUUCUCUUCUCUUUUGCUUAUAUGUAGUGUAUUAUAUGAAGAGUUAAUGUAAUGGUUGUGUAAGGUUAUUUCACACUCUCAAUUAAUAAAAAGUUAUUGUAUUUUUAAAAAAA